AUGGAUCAUGAAGAUUAUAACACUUGUAAAGAUUAUAAUGAAUUAUUCCAAUUCAUAAAACUGCAAAAUAUAGAAUAUUUAGAUUGUACAUUUUGUGAUAUAUUUGGAUCUUUGCACCAUAUUACAGUUAGUACCAAAACUAUUAAAGAUGCAAAUGAUCUUUCUAAUGGAAUUUCAUUUGAUUCAAGCUCAGUUAGAGGAAUGAAAUAUAACAAAUAUUCAGAUAUGAUUAUUAUUCCAGAUCCAACUACAGGAUGGAUAGAUCCAUUUUUUUAUAGCAAAACAUUACACCUAAUAUGUAAUAUCCAUUUUUCAAAUAGAAAUAGUUUUCACUUUUGUGCACGUUCUAUUGCAUAUAAUGCACAAGAAGUAAUGAGAAAGUCAGGAAUAGCAGAUAUAUGUGCUAUAGGUGCUGAAAAUGAAUUUUUUAUAUUUGAAAAUGCACAAUAUAGUACAUCUACAAAUUAUAGCUUUUAUAGUCUUGAUGAAGAUGAAGCAUAUUGGAAUUCAGGUACAGCAGAUUUCCUUAAUAAUGAAAGAAAAAAAUCUAAUCUAGGAGGCAGAAGACAAUUAAAACAAGGAUAUUGUGCUCCUUAUCCUGCAGAUAGAAAUUUGGAUAUUAGAUGUGAAAUAUUACAUGAACUUGAAUGUAUUGGUAUACCUAUUGAAAAACAUCAUCAUGAAGUUGCUACAUGUCAACAUGAAUUAGGAGUAUAUUGUUCUCCUUUACUUAAAUCUGCAGAUAAUGUAAUGAGUAUAAGAUAUCUAGUUAAAGGGAUUGCCCAUAGACAUAAUAAAACAGUUACAUUUAUGCCUAAACCAUUAAUAAAUGAUAAUGGUAGUGGAAUGCAUAUUAAUAUAUCACUUUGGAAAAAUAAUUCAAAUCUUUUUUUUGAUAAAUCAUCUAAAUAUUACAAUUUAUCUGAAAUAGGUCAUUAUUUUAUUGGUGGAAUAUUAACUCAUACUCCAGCUAUAAUGGCAUUUACUAAUCCAACUACAAAUAGCUAUAAAAGGCUUAUUACUGGAUAUGAGACUCCUGAAAAUCUUUAUUAUGGAGCUGGUGAUAGAGAUGCUGCAAUAAGAAUACCUUUAAAUAGUUAUUGUAAUGUAAAAGCACAAAGAAUAGAAUUUAGAGUUCCAGAUUCUUCUGCUUGUCCAUAUUUAGCUUUUGCAGCUAUAUUAUGUGCUGGGUUAGAAGGAAUUAAAUUAAAUAUUGAUCCUCAUAAAUAUUUAAUUAAUGAUAAUCAGGAUAAUAUAAAUAUGGAUAAUUCCUUAUUAAAAAUUCCAAAAACAUUAAGUGAAUCUCUUAAUUAUCUUGAAAAAGACAAUGAUUUUCUGAUUAAAGAUGGAGUUUUUAAAAAAGAGUUUAUUUUAAAUUAUAUUAAAUUGAAAAGAGAAGAAGUAAUAUUAAUAGAAUCAGUUCCUAAUCCUAAAGAAUUUGAAUUAUAUUAUGAUUGUUAA